UUUCUUCUUCAAUAUGUUUGAAAUGAAGAUACUUUAAAAGAAAAAAAGUUUUCUGUUUUCAUCAAAAGCAAAUAGACUAGUUACAGAUUAAGUACAGACAGUUGUUUUUUAUUUGGCUUAUAAGAAUUCCCUGAUAUUGCUUUAAACAUAAUGAUAAACCAGUAGCUCCAUGUACAAGUGAUCUAAAGUGGAUGUAUCCCACAUGAAUGGAUCUUCUGAAGAUAACCAACAAUUUUUGAAGUGUAUUUUGGUAAUCUCCUGCCCAAGUAUUGAAUACCCAGAGAGAAAAUCAUGCUACCAUAGUAACAAAAAGUCACUAGUUGUAUAACAUAAACAAGUGUUUUUUCUUCUUAUGACUAACAAACACGAUUUCAUUGCGAGCAUUCUUUCUCGACACCCGGGCCCUUUCCAUUCCCUAGGACCAUUGGUAGGACCGAUGGCAUGUUGACUAUUGACUAUUGAGUGAAACUCAUUGACAUUCAUGGUGUUCAAAAUUUAAAUCCUGUAACGAAGGCGACUUUACAGACAGUGAUCCGUCUGAGUUUGGAAGAUGCAUAAGAGAAGACAUCAUCGAUUCGAGGCAAGAUGUUUCAAUGGGGCCUCGGGUUUUCAGACUGUUUGGCGUCCUUUCACUGAACACAUACAACCAAUGGUUUUCUUUUGGACUUUUUAGAGGGCAAGACAUCAAAAAAACGUAUGAAUUCACACAAUCUCUACCUUCUGAGCCAUAUUCUUCGUGAUGGUCUUUUGACUCGCAAGUUUAACCAAGCAAUUGCAGCCAUGGUUGGCAUGAGUGGCUGUUGUGAAAAAGUGAUUGAACUAUUUGCCUUGGCUGGAUUGGAAAUCUUGAAGACAUUACCAAACAAUCACUUGCUUGUUGUGAAAUUCUACAAAGAUAUGUUUCUUGCUUGUGGUGACCAUCAAGUUGAGAUACUACUAAACUUUGCCUUGUAUCUUGUCGUACAACAGCAUGAUGUUCUUGAGGCUCUGGAAUUACUGAAGUCUAAAGCAAAUAAACCUAAGUUCAGGGAAAGUCUUUUGCAUAAAGCCUACAUUGGUCUCUUUGAAUAUCUUGUAAAUGAAAAAAACUCAGUAAACUCAACAAAGUUGCAAGAUAUGUACGAUUCUGAUGAAGAGCAAGACAAUUGGUUAUCACAAACAACACAGUCACAAAGAAAUUUAAAUUUUUCAUGGAAACAAUCAAUGGUACUUUUUCAAGAUGUCUUCUCAAACCCUGGGGUUUGGGAUCAGUUUGUUCCUACAUACCUUGAGUUGUUAAAAUGCCAGGAAGAAGAGGGCUUAGUUCGUCGAUUUCUAUGUGAUUACAAAAACAAUAAUCCAACCAACCCAAAUUCGCACAGGUAUCUUUACCAUUACAUGAAAAACCACUCUGCAAGUUUGGAAGAAAAGGCAAAUUUAUUAGAAGAUUUGAUCAAGAUUGACCCAUCUAGCGAAUUGAUCAAAGAUUUUGUGGAAUAUAAAAUUGAACUUGGAGACACUGCAAGUGCAGUAAAGACUAUCUUUGAGAAGCUUGACCAUUCAGUUAACAUGUUUUGUGAGGAAAGCUGGACUUUACUUCAUUUUUUUAUUUACAAUGGAUGUAAGCAGACGACAGAGUCAAAAGUGAAGGAAACAUUAAAGUUGUGUUGGUCUGAACGUGAAAGUUGGUGGCCAGAAUAUCACUUUAGAAUGACAACAAACACACAAUGUCAUGAAGGUGUUAAUAAUCUUAUGUUAUGCAAAGCAAGAAUUGCAGAUCAUUUUAUGGGAAAAGGAAAUCAUUUUAGCAUCAAUGUUUAUGAGCAGUAUCGAACUGAUAGAAAUGAUGAAGAAGAAUUAUUUGUGGAGGAUGAAAGGACUUCUUUAGACAACUCAAAUCUACCAUGAAUUACAUAAGAUACCACAGUAGAUAAACUAUACUGCCUCACUGCUAGCAACAUGCGCCUGAAGUUAAUUAUUCAUAUUCCACGGUUGGCAAAUUUCUGAAUCAUCUGACACUUAGGGAAAAAAAGUGAAAAGUGAAAGUGACACACCAAUAGUGUAGUCAAGAUUUUCUCUCAAGGGUGGCCAUGACUGUAAUAUAAACAUUGUAAUGUAAAUAAAUAUAUAAUAUUUUCCGGGACUCAA